AUGGAAACUACAACUACUCAAAAAGAGGUGGAGCCAGUGGAGGUAACCAACAAAGUAUCUCCAACUACUUUGCUGGAACCUGAGCUUGAUGGUGAUAAAACUCGUGAUAUUACUCCUAAUCAUGCUAAAAAGUGGAAACAAACAACUCUUUGCGACCAUGAUCGUAGCCUUGUGAGUAGUGAUAGAAGAACAUCCGGCGUUUGGAAAUACUAUACUGAAUAUCUUGAUAAAUGGGGUAAGAUAAAGGCAAAAUGUAACUACUGUACUAGUAACUUUGCUUCUGAAAGUAACUUUGAAAUUCUCAGGAACUUCAUAUGUUCCUUCCAAGAGAUCUUUAAUCUUCAAAAGAUAAUUUGCAAAUAUGUUCGUAGUGAAGAUUCUAUUUUGAGUGGCAUGGCUAAAAAGAUGGAGCUUAAAUUUAACAACUACUGGGGUACUUUUAAAAGUAUGAACAAGUUAUUAUUCAUUGUUGUUUUGAAUCCUCGAUACAAGUUGAAAUAUGUGGAAUAUCUGUUUAAAAACUCUUAUGGUUGUUUGGUGGGAGUCGAAAAAUCAAAAAAGGUGAUGGAUACUUUGAGUCACUUGUAUGAUUACUACAUAAAUUCUUUUUGUGGGACUCAUAUUGAUACAAUUGAUGGUCAAACAAGCUUGAAUGAUGAAAUUGAUAUCAUGCAUAGUGACGAGAUGUGGCAAUCACAAUGGGAGAAAUAUUUGGCAGAUGAAGACAAUACUGAAAAUAAAUCAGAACUUGAGAAGUACUUGGUAGAUGAUUUGGAAAAGACCAAAGAGUUAGAUAUUUUGGCUUGGUGGAAAGUUUCUUCGGCUAGAUAUCCAAUUAUUUCUAGGAUGGCAAGAGAUGUUCUUUCUAUUCCUAUUUCUACUGUUGCUUCUGAAUCAGCUUUUAGCACCGGUGAUUGA